AACUCAAGUGGAAGGACGGAAGAAAGGAGCAGUCAAACAACGAGCACAAACGAGAGGAACCGAGCAGCCGCGAAACGCUGUGCGCAAAAAACAACCCAGUGGCUGUGGCAGCGGGGGGUGGGGGGGAACUGGUUGCCUGUGCGUCUCCAAAUAACUGGCUGUCCGCCUCAAAUUAUCUCAAAGCGACAAGUUUGACUUCCAGCAGACGGAUGGGUGACUUUCCGCGGCGCUUUGUGAGGAGGAGAUGAUGAAGAAUUUCAGUAGCAGUCCUCUUCACAGCAACAACCAGACUCCCAACCACAUAAGAGAGCGAAACAACAGAAAGUACAGCUUACUCUCGACUGUCCUGUUGCGAUUUUCUCUGCGAGGUUAUGGUUUCUGCAUGGCUACGCUGUUCCUCUUCUGUUUCGGCUCCCUGUUUUACCAGCUGAACGGAGCACCCCCUAAAAUCCUGCUGGACAUCCGACAGUACCUCGGUGAAUCCACAUAUCUGGAUGACCACAGACCCCCUGCUCCAAGAGUGCUCCCAUUUCCCAGCCAGGUGGUUUAUAACCGUGUGGGGAAGUGUGGCAGCCGGACAGUGGUCAUCCUACUGAGGUUACUGGCUGAGAAAAACCAGUUCAACCUGGUCUCCGCUGACAUCCAUAAUAAAACACGCCUCACUAAACAUGAACAGGUAGAUCUGAUGAAGAACAUCAGUAAUUUCCCUCAGCCAUUCCUCUAUACACGACAUGUUCACUUCCUCAACUUUACCAGGUUCAAGCUAGAGCAGCCUGUCUAUAUUAACAUAAUCCGGGACCCCAUCAGCCGGUUCCUCUCCAACUACUUCUUCCGUCGCUUUGGUGACUGGAGAGGAGAGCAGAACCACCUCAUCCGCACUCCAGGGAUGAAAGACGACGAGAGAUACUUGGAUAUCAAUGUGUGCAUUCUAGAGAAUUACCCUGAGUGCUCCAACCCCAGAGUUUUCUACAUCAUUCCAUACUUCUGUGGGCAACAUCCUCAGUGCAGGGAGCCAGGAGUAUGGGCUUUGGAAAGGGCCAAACAGAAUGUGCUGGAGAACUACCUCCUUGUGGGUAUCCUGGAGGAGCUGGAGGAUGUUCUGCUCCUGUUGGAGAGGCUCUUACCUCAUUACUUCUCUGGAGUACUCAACAUCUACAAGAGCCCUGACUACAGGAAGUUGGGGAACAUGACAGGCACAGUUCGUAAACACAUGCCCUCUCUAGAGGCCCUGCAGGUGCUGUAUCACCGCAUGCGUUAUGAGUAUGAGUUCUACAACUUCAUCCGUGAGCAGUUCCACCUCAUGAAGAAAAAAAUUGGCCUCAAGUCUGUCUCCCAGCCCCCCGCCUACUCACCCGAUUUCCUCCGGGAGCUGGCCCUCCGAACCCCAGAGCCUCUGGAAGAAGACGAGGAGCUGGAUACAGAGCUGGACGAUGCCAACGCCUGGCUGGUCCAUCCCUAAGGGCCACAUGGUGAACAGUAGAUCUAGUACAAAAAAGCUGGUUGGCUAAAAUUGGCUGGAGAAAGCCUGAGGGCAAAAGGGGAGCAUUCCCCAUCUUUCAGCAUUCCCAAGAAAAGUGUUUAGGGGUUUGCGGAUCCUGAUGCUCGUAUUUUUACGAGCUGUGUUGGCACUGAGAACUGUAGGGUUGAGUAAUUGUAAGGACAAAAUGCUCCAUUUAAAAAUGAACCAACAACCCUGGGAAAUAAUUUUAAGCUCAGUUUGUUUGACUCAAGUUUUGUUUUAAUUUGAGCUUGUUUUGGGGGUUUAUGUAAAAAAAAAAAACUUGCUGUGAUCUCCAGGAGAGAUUAGUGCAAGUUGUGGAAAUCCACGUGUGUUAGAACAUAUUGGACAUUGGCGUGCAUACUCUUGGACAGGACUUCAGAGACAUUGCCCAGGAGAGAGGACCAUGCAUGUCCUGGAAUAGAAAUGGUAUCCACAAAUUUAAAAAGUUACAAAAGUGUUUUAUGUAUAUUAGUCAUCCACGACUGUUGGUAAGUGCCAAACAUUUGUAACUGUGACAGGAACGUCUGGCACAGCUGGAGUGUGACAUAGUCAAGUCAUGUUAUAAUAUUGGUUUAUAACAUUUUGUUUAAUUUGUAAGAUAUUAGGUUUAAAUGAGGGUUAAACAUUAAGCACUCGACUAUGAAUUCAAAGAAUUCCAACUAUGUUUGCAUGAAUGACUGAGUUUGACCAAACCAGCAGUGAAUUUAGCAUGGAUGUAUUACUUGGGUGGAGAAUGUAGGCUCAGUUAUGAGUAAAAAAUAAAAUAAAAAGCCUUUCUGGAGUAUAAUUUGUUUAAUCCAAAGUGUAAAAGAUUGAGCUUGCCAAACAUCAGUGCUUCUACUGCAACGCUUUACAGAACUGUAUGAAUAUACUGCACUUUUUCUGAAGUGACUUUUCCUGAAUUUCUGCUGCAAAAUGAGGAAUUUGGUCACAAAACUGGAUAUUAAUCUGCCUUUAAUUUCAAAUUGGAGUACGUUAUAGUUUAAGGGUUCAUUUUGGUCUCUUUCUCGCGCUCAAAAUAUUAUCUUAAAAGUCUGUGAAGUGUUAUCGAUCCCAGCUAACACUGAUUUCUAAUUCUCUAGCAGCUAUUCACAGUGCAUGUUUUUCAUCACUUGUGUCAAAAAAGCCAUCCAGAGAACAGUAACCAUAAGCUAAUAUGUGACUGUCAACUAUGUACUUUGCUCUACCACACUAAUCUCCAUUGUCUGUACCUUUUCAUUGUGCUGGUUUGUGUUCAGUUUCUUUUUUUCUUUUUUUUUGUUUUGUUUUUUGGCAGUUUAAUUUAUUAUUUUGUAUUCAUUUGCAUUCCAGAUAUGAUUCUCAGGAAGGAAAAGUAUUUAAUAACUUGAUCAUUUGUAUCUUUGGUUUCUGGUGGCUAUGAAACCAUUCUGGAUAUAAGGCUGUCUAGAAUGGGUUUAAAUCAGCAGCUGAAAACUGAAUCAAAACAACUAAUGCAGUCCAUCAUUUUACAGUCUUCAAAAUAAAUGGCCUCUAAUUAUUGCGGUUAUUGUCUGUGCAUUACUUGAAGAUUGAUUCUGAGCCUGUGCCUCAGUGGCAUAAACAUAAACAGGGUUGUCCGUGUGUCCAUCCAUUCGGCCACCUCCAGGGAAUGCCUUCAAAUUUGGCACAAACGCCCACACUGAAUCAAGGACGAUAUGACAAAACUCUCUGUACUGUUCCUCUGUAAAAAUAUUCUCUAAGUGAAGACAAGAUAUCUCCCUGUACAUGUGGAUCAGGAAGUAGAGUGGUCAGGGGUUCGAUUCCCGUUCUCCGUAGUCCAUGUGUUGAAGUGUUUUUGGGCAAGACAAUGAACCCCAAGUUGCUCCGGAUGGCGGAGCGGCGCAGGGACAGCGUCGCCAUUGGUUCUGUACCUGAGACAAAGUCCUUGUGCGUAACAUACUUGGUCAAUAAAAGUGAUUAUCACUAUCAUAGCCUGUUUUGCCAUAAAUUAAUUAAUAAAUAAACUAAUAAAUGUAAUAUCUUGUAUUAAAUUCCUUCAAAGUCUUAACUGAGUGACAUCAUGCAAGUGCUUGCUCAAGGGGGAUUUGUUGGGUUUUCCCUAUGUAAUAAUAUUGAUAACAGUAAGGUCUA